AUGGAGCCAGAACCUGAGGAGGCCGGAGCGGCACCGCCGCACUCCCCAUCCAACCCCGAGUCGACCCCCGCACACGCAGAGACCGACAAUCAAAGUACCACAUCCACAGUCUCGCGCCCUAUCUCCGGCGUGGUUCCGCCGUACUGGCGCCGCCACGACCGCAACAUCUCCCAGGCCUCGCAAUCCUCACUCCGAGGCAUCACCCUCGAAGACCACACUGCCGAUCCAGACUCAGAAACAACUCGUGGACUGUGGGCGCGCAGUGUCGCGAUCGAUGACCAUGUCGUUGUGCGAGGAAUGACGGGUGUUGGAUCGUAUGUGGUUUGGAACUGCACCAUCCAAACGCUGGAUAGGCUCGUUACUUCUUUCCCCCAUGCAAGAAGUGCGUUACCUGCGUUGCCACCGAAGAGUGUCCUUUUCAAAUUCCGACCCAAAUUCCUCGAAUCCCGGCGCGUGGGCUUGGAGUACUUCCUCAACUGUAUACUUUUGAAUCCUGAGUUCUCGGGAUCACCUAUCGUGAAAGACUUCCUAUUUGGUCGUAUUUGCUAG